CGGCACUGCUGGAGGUAGAGCUCUUUUACUGGUCAGAUUCUUAUGAUCUACGAUAUCAGAGACUUCUAGUUUGAUGAUGGAAGAUGGAAAGAUUACAGUGACAGGGGAGGACUGGUCUGAUUUCUACGAAAACUAUAACUAUUCAGACUGGAACGGCUCUUAUGAAGGGGGUGAUAUUUGCAGCCUGACCGAGACUGUCGAUUUUGAAGCUGUGUUCAUACCAGUUUUGUACUCUGUGGUGUUUGUUGUUGGUCUGCUUGGGAAUGGAUUGCUGUUGGGAAUACUGGCUCGGAGUAGAAAGACCUGGAGUGUGACAGAUACGUUCAUAUUCCACCUGGGAGUGGCAGAUAUACUGAUGCUGGUGACGCUGCCCAUCUGGGCUGCACAGUAUGCCCAAAGUGGUGGAUGGACAUUAGGUACUCCUCUUUGCAAGAUCGCUGGAAGUGUUUUUACAAUUAACUUCUACUGUGGGAUCCUUCUCCUGGCCUGCAUCAGUCUGGACCGCUAUCUGUCCAUCGUCCAUGCUACUCAGAUGUACUCAAGGAAGAAGCUUUGGGUUGUUCAGGCCAGCUGCCUGAUGGUGUGGUUCUUUUCCCUGCUUCUCUCCAUCACUGACUGGAUCUUGUUAGAAGAAAUAUCUGAUGAGAGACGAGGCAGAAGAGAGUGUGUUCGCAUCUAUUACAAAUUUGGUGAGAAUGCAGUAUAUUAUUGGAGAUUGGCAUCACGCAUGAUUUAUCUCAUAGUGGGUUUUGCACUCCCAUCAGCCAUCAUGAUGUUCUGCUACACCUGCAUCCUGCAUCAGCUGAGGUGUGGAGCCCAGAGCCUUCAAAAGCAGAGAGCUUUUAAAGUUAUUGUGGCUGUGGUGGUGGUUUUCUUUAUUUGCUGGACCCCGUACAACAUCACACUCUUAGUGGAAACCUUUCAUUUUGACAGCAACACAGAAACUUGUUCAGGCAAAACAUCUCUGGAGAAAGCAAAGACAGUGACCACCUGUGUGGGUUUCAUUCAAUGCUGCCUCAAUCCCAUCCUGUAUGCCUUUGUGAGUGAGAAGUUCCGGCGUCAGCUCCAGCGUAGGGAAACAGUGUUCAUGUCACACUUAAAUGUUUCAAAUCAUCAAACUUAUGAUAGAUGAGCCGUUCCCCCUUUCCCCUGACUCUUCUUCUUCUAGUGAAGGCAUGUCAGUCAGAUUAAGGAGCUCCUUGAAGUAUUUCUUCCUGACUAUGUCCUCAGUUGAAGUCACUGGGUUGUAAGACUUUAAAUAUUUAUUUCACUCAGAGACAUGCAAAAUCAGUUCAAUUUUAUUUAUGUACAAACCUAAAUCACAAGAGCAGUUGCGUCAUCACUUGAAAUACCAAGAUAAAGACCAUACAGUAAGUACACAAUAAUUGUUGGGGAACUCAUGGUGGCUCAUGGAGCCUUGUUACAGUAUAUUUGAACUGAUACUUUUGACCCUGUGUAGAUUUGAGAAAAUCCAAAAUGAAUUCAAACUUGUGCACACAAUUCUUAUGUUUUCAGAGUAACUAAUGAUGUAUACUGUACAGCUAUUUAAUCCCUGGAAAAAGAACAGUUGAAAGAAACCAUUAAAAGCCCAAAAUUACUGUGAAGUUCAUGCUUAUGAUGAAUUUAUAUAAAAUUCUGAUCACAACUGUAGUCUCUGGGACAAAGUGUAAAGUUUUAGUUGAUGUUACAGAGAAUUCUGACUGACUGAAAGCAAUUCUUUAAAUGUGAAGGACCCACUGGUGUUAUGUGGGGACUCAGUCGUUUUAAGUUGGGUUUGUUCCUGUUUAUAUAGGCUGCUUUUGAAAACAUCAGGAUUUACACCCAGGGAUAUAUAUUCUUGAUCUUGGAAUACUUUUGGAAAGCACCAUUAGAUGAGGAUUUUACUCUCAAGAUUAAAGGCUAAAUUCACUUUUAUAGACAAAUAUUUUUUUAUUUGCACAAAAAUUGUAAUGUAAUGAAGUUUUAUUUCAAAAACUUCACACAGUCGACAUAGCAAAAGUCAACCCAAUGAACAUUCAGGCACCACAUCUUUCAAAAUUCAAAUUUACUAGGCACAUUAUUUACAUUACUUCAAAAUGGCAUUUUAAAACAAACCAACAAAAUAACUGUAAACAAUAUGAAUAUUUACUACAUUAUGAAAUAUAUGGAAUUAAUUAACAAGAAAUCAAAUCUGUAGUGGAUUUAAAGAGAUAUAUUAGACAUGCAGAGAGAUUGUUUCCAGUCCACACCGCAAGAAAGAUGAGGUGUGAGGCUUAAAUUACAGGCAUUGGCACUGCUACUUUUUCUGACUUGACUCUCUGUGGCUCUCCUAUACAAGUAUAAUUAAUGCAUGCAUAGGUCUAUAAUUACUUCCCAGAAUUACUUCAGCUGUUUUUGUGUGUGGGAUUGCAUAAUUUCUGUGGCCUAUAAUGCAGUUUGGAAAUGUUGUCUAUUGGUGGUGAUUUUAAGACCAUAAUGAAAGCCACCAUUACUCUUACUGUUAAACAACGUUCUACUAUUUUAAUGUUUUUAUGUUAAACAAACUGUUUUUCUGAGCUUUAUAUAAAAAAAAAAAACUUAACAGUUUGGAAAAUUCAAAAUCUGAGGUGUUAGAACAUGUUUCUAAAAGGCAAUUUUAGACAUAAAACACACAUUUUGAACAAAACUUCAAAGCAAAAGUAAAAUAAAAAUGUAAAAUGUUCACCCUUAAAUGGGUGAACAUGUUUGUUGGUGAGUUUAUAGGUAGUUAAAUCAAAAAUGCUACUCCUCAGUAAAACCUUUUGGCUCUUUUUUGAGGAAUUUUAUUUCCCAGAGUUUAUAUUUGUGGUAAUAACAAUUUUCUUGCUAAAUAAAUAAAAAGUAAAAUCAGAGAAAUACCCGUUACAAUUGCUAACAAAAUAAAUGUGUAAAAAACAUUUUUUUAAAAGAACAAAAAAUGAGUAAAUUAUUGUUUUGGCUAGUUUAUUGGUUGUCAGUAUAUAUGCUGCUCUACAAUCUUAUUCAGCUGAAGGGAACUUUCCUGUUUACACAUACCAUUACUCUGCUUAUUAAAACAACUCCCAAUAUUUAAUGUUUACAGUACAGAGUUCAGUGCAGGAGAGGAGCCUGCAAAGACUUAAAAGCUGCAUUAUUGCAUGCAUUAUUUGCUUAUUUCUACCUGCUUUAAGCAGUGUGUGUGCUACCAUUGUAUAUAGUGUAUUAUCUUACUUUUUCAUUGAUUGUACUUAUUUGUAUUUUUUUUGUAUUUCCUUCUGAUAUCUGUACCUGAGCUGAGGUGACGCAAAAAUUUCCCCGUCGUGGGAUCAAUAAAGUCUUAUCUUAUCUUAUCUCUUUAUCUUAUUAUCUAAACAAAAAGCAGCAUUGAAAUCACACUAUGAAACCACUGUGUGACUUGUUUGUCUUCUGCUCAUGAAGUCUUUACUCAGUACAUGUCAACUGAUGUGACAGAAGA